CUAGCAGCUAAUCAUUUGUUCAGGGGAUCACUUGUUUGGUUAUUCACUAAUUUGGGCUGGACAGAGACACCCACCACACGGUCGGAACCAAUUAACUUAAUUGGCGGAAUUAACCCGGAGCAGACCUAGCUAGCUAGCUAGCUAACUAGCUAACGCCACCAUUUCAAAACCGAAAAACUGAAGCGCGCCAACGUCAUUUGGUUGUUAAUAUUUUCUUAAUUUUUUUUUUGUAAAGACGGUGAAAAUGGAGCAGGCAGUGUGGCCUGCCUUUCCCAUCAUGUUACCCUACGAGGUAACCCGUAGGCCGUCACAAGUGGCUCGUGAGGAUGCGGGCGUGGUGGCGCCGUUACACCUGAUACCCUGUUAUUACAAUUUGGCUAUUGAAAAACCAAGCCCAAAAGAGAACAAGAAAUUCUUGCUGGACAGGUCUAUAUUUGAUUUGGUGGAAGAUCAUAAAUACCUUUCCUUAACUGACCAAAGGCUGCUGGGUUGGUAUCUCUCUCUGGUGCCAGAGUACAGAAAGAUCAUACAAGAUGAAGGAGGGUUUCACCAGUUCCUGCAUCGACAUCCUGCCCUUGAACUGACUCGGCAUCAUGUUUAUGUGAAGCACAUUUCCUAUGGUCAGCAAAACUCGGAGAUGCUUCCCAAUAAUGUAAGGGAGACCUGGACCAUGCUUGGCCGUAGAAAUGGUGCCGAAAAACCUCCACGUGAGGAAAUCCGCCGCACCACACCGCUUGUUCACCAGCGAGACUGCGUCCAAGCAGCCUUCAGCAACCCCACCAUGCCGCAACCAAACCACCGGAAGGCACACACAAUGAUUUCUGACCCGUCGUGGCGGAUGUCAAGCAGCGCAGCAGCAGGUCUCGCAAACUGCUCUCUGGACGUGGAUCUGGAAAGACGCGGACAGGAUGGCGUGCUCAGCAGCCAGACUGCAACGACUCAAGGCCAAAGUGCUAACUUCACAUACGGUGAAGUCAGUCCGUUACAGUCAGAAUGGACAAAGAUGGAGUCUCCUGAGUACUACAGCUUUGACAGUGUCACAAUGGAUGAUACGGAGUACAGUGACAUGGGCAUCAUCCAGGCAGUUGAGCUGGAUCAGGUCAGCCCUCUUCUGGACCCAGUUGAGGAAAAUGGCACAAAGAAAGGGGGUCAGGAUCAGGAGACUGGUAAUGAGUACAAUGUCGAUGAUGAUGCUGCUAUCUUAAGCUUUGGAAAUCAGAGUGACACCUUCCAUAGCAUCAUGGAGAACGAUGAGAGCAUUCUGGCCUGUCUGACCAGCGAAGGUGGAAAAGCGCUAAAUGAUGGGGUUCAGUCAGGUCCACUCAGCACCGGUACUAACGCACCGGCAGCCAGCAGGGAGACCUUGAAUUCUGACCAGUCUGUCAUGAAGAAUACAGCAGAAAAGCACACCUCCACCAUUCCCUGCGCUACUACCUGUGAUGUUAUGGUUGGCACUGAGCUGGCGAUGUGCAGGUCGGACGCCACUCAAACUGAGAAUUCAAAAACGGCUGACAAGCAUGUCAAUACUGAGGUCCACAUGACCGAUCUGGACUAUCUCACUGAGGAAUUCUUAAAACUCAAGAUGACUCAAGAGGAACUAAGAAAGCAAAAAGAAAAAAGGAAAAGUUUGGGUUGUAAAGUAAGAAAGGAGUGUGACUUUGUCCAGCGUGCUCAGCAGGCAGAGAUGUCCCUCCUGGCCCUGCAGUACAGCAUGUGCAGACAGCACUGCUGGAGACUCUACUCUACCUCUGCUGAGGGAAGACAGGCCACGCCAGUGCCAAACAACCCUCCUGUAGACGUUGUAAGUGUUCUGCAAAAACUGGAAACUGACUAUAAUCAGAUGAAAGAUAAGAUUUUGACAGGGGUUCCUCUGGAGCAACUCAAGCCUUUGUCUGUUGAUUCUGAGAAGAUAACCACAGGUGCAAGUUACAGCCCUGCACAGAUCAUUGAUGAUGUGCUGGGAGUUGUUCCAUCUUGGAGCUCCCAGGAGCCACAGAAACAUGAUACAUCUGUUGAAGAAAAUGGGUGUCCUGACGAUCAAAGCACAAAUGGCUGGCAGCCCGGUCAAAGAAAGGACAAACGGAUCAAGGACAGCAAAGCAGUGAGAGCUGUCACCCUGGUUGCCCAGGAGAGAGGUGCUGUCCAUAAUGCACACAAGCCAGCAGAAAGGCAGACAACAGCUGAGUGCAAAGAGCUUAACGCAUCCGAGGCGUGGUACGAUGCUGAAGAAGAUGUGAAGCCUGCUGUAGCUACUCAGACAGGACAGGACACUGCAGUUAUGGCAAAAGAUAGGCCCAAUGAAUCAACCAGCACAGAGGUCAGAAGCUCAGUACUCUGUGUUUCCAACCUGCCCAGUAAUGUGACAGAGAGUACCGUGAUGCAAUGGUUUGAGAAAUACCAAGUGUCUGAAGUCAGCUUUCCCACUUUAAAGAAUGAUGUCAGAGUUGCCAUAGUCGUGAUAAAUGGACUCCAAUCUGCCAAGGAUGCAGCGAGAGAGCUGCAUGGCUGCUGCAUGCAAGGCCAUACUUUACAUGUGGAGCACACCCACAAAGCCAUUGGUGAGAGCCAGGCCUCGGCCUCCAUCAGUGGAUCUGAGUUUUCACACCAUGCUGAGACUGACUCCAGCAGCACUGAAAGAAAGCUGAUAGCUCAACCGCCGCUUGGCUCCAGCGUCAAGCACAGGAAGGUGGUCUCGAUUUCCCCCACAGCCAAGGGGACCUGCGUGCCCCAACACUACGGCACCAUGGGCAGCUUCGAUAUCCUGAUGUCGGAGCUGACGCAGCGCCACCCGGACGUGGAAAGGCAGCGGAUUGUGGAUGCGCUGAUGGAGCUGAAGGCCGAGCACCAGGGCGUCCUCAGCGGCCUGCCCCUCAGGACCAUCCGGGAGAUGACGUCCGAGCUUCUGACCACGCCGGCGAGCGACGCAGUCACAAGGAAGCAAAGCUCAGUUCUUUAAAAUCAAGUUUUCUAACCAGUGAUUCGUUUAAAUAGCAUCAUAAGUGACGUAUUUCAAAGGAGAAGGCGGUUAUGUAAAGAGGCAAUUAAUUUAAAAGGAUUUAGAUUGCCUGAAAGUUGCUAAUAUUUGUAAGAAUCUACCAUUGUGUGUUCUAUUCAAGUUGUUGUAGUUUUUUCUUCAAAAGUUGGUACAGUGAAAGUUUAAAGGCUUCACACUGCUUACUCUGCUGUUGUUCGGCAGUUACAUUUAGUUUAGAAUUUCUUAAACAGUGUUUAAGGUUGCUCACAGUUGUAUAUGCAGCAGCUUGUUUUAUUUUUGAUAUUUCUGUUAAUAAAGCACGUUGGAAUAUUUCCCCAGCUCCAGCUUUGUUGUGCUGAAUGUGAGCCCUUAAGUAAAAUGUUUAAGUCAAUGGCAGUCGCUGACUCGUAGUCCUGCAUGCAGAGAGAAACAGAGCUGAUGAAACUUAUCAUUCUGAAUCUUUAGUUGAUGCAAAGCCAGGUGUUGAUGGCACUCUUGUAUGUGUCGUGUUAGGACUUUAAAGGGGGAUUCCGGUCAAUUCCAACGCAUAGUUUGGAAAUUUGGAGCGCUGUCGGC